AUGUCCGAUACGGAAAAGGAAUCUACUAACGAAAAAGUUAAAAACAGCGACAAUGAUACUUCAACUGACGGUGAACAUGAUCCUCAUUAUGAUCCUAUAAUUUCCUUGCCAGAAGUUGUGGUUUCCACACUCGAAGAAGAUGAAACUGAAAUGUUGUGUUUGAGGGCUAAGCUUUAUAGGUAUGAUGCUACUGAAACACCACCUGAAUGGAAAGAAAGGGGUACUGGAAAUGUUAAAAUUUUACAUCAUAAGAUUAAUGACACUGUCAGAAUAGUAAUGAGAAGAGAUAAAACUCUUAAACUUUGUGCCAAUCAUUUUAUUAUGCCUCAUAUGAACCUACAACCGAGUAUUUCUUGUGAUAGAGCUUGGGUUUAUUCUGCUAAAGAUUAUUCGGAUGCCACAAUGAAAUCAGAAUUGUUAGCCAUUAAAUUUUCUAAUAAAGAAAAUGCCGAAAAAUGGAAAAGUGCUUUCGAUUCAGCCAAAAAAAUAGUCGCCAAAAAUGAUUAUUCUAAAGAAGAAACACCUGUGGAAGAAAAAUUAUUAACAAAAGUUCCUCCAAAGUUAAGUGAUACAUUCGAAGAAGAAAGUAAAAAUUCAUUGCCUGAUAAAAAAGAAGAAAAAGAAAUUAUUGAUUCUGGAAAAAUAAAAAACGUGGAAGUUUCGGAAAAACUUUCAUCUUUGACUUUACAGUGCAGUUAA